AUGUGCUACUUCCUCACCGGCCUGGCCGAUGAGACCCUCACCAUGAAGCUCGGAGAGGAGGCUCCAGCAACCUUCGCCGAAGUCCUGCAAAAGGCGAAGAAAAUCGACCAAAAGAAGCUAAAUCAAGAGAAGAGGAAGGUUGAUUCUAAAUCUAGGGACAAGGGAUCGUCCUCUUCUGGCAGCCGAACCGAGUAUCGUAGGUUAGAGAUCGACCAUAAUCGAAGCCGACCUUACGAGCGUUAUACUCCAACUACCAUCCCCAUCUCUGAGAUACUUGCAAACAUCGAGGAAAGUGGGAUGGAAAAGCUCCUUAAGCGACCUGAGAAGCUCCAAGGAGACCUAGAAAAGCGCAAUAAAGAUAAAUAUUGUCGUUUUCUUCGCGAUCACGGCCAUAAUACGUCAAAUUGCUGGGAAUUGAAGCGCCAAAUUGAAGACCUUAUUGAAGAUGGCUACUUCAAAAAAUUUGUAGGUAAACCGAGGACCAGCUCGGCAGAAAAGAAAGAAAAAGAAGAAGAGAGGAAACGUUCGAGGACGCCACCUCGCCGAGAUGACCGACCUGCGGUCAUAAUACCAUUUUCGGAGGCCCAGGGAGAAAAGCCGACCUCCGCCGUUGCCUUAAACGAUGCCGAUCUGGAGGGGGUCCAUUUGCCCCAUAAUGACGCGCUUGUGAUCGCUCCUCUCAUCGAUGACGUCCUGGUCCGAAGAGUACUGGUAGAUGGAGGCGCAUCUGCUAACAUCUUGUCCCUUCCGACAUAUCUAGCCUUGGGAUGGACCAGGUCACAGUUGAAAAAGAGUCCGACACCCUUGGUUGGAUUCUCUGGAGAAUCGGUCUCCCCAGAAGGGUGUAUUGACUUGCCGGUCACGAUGGGACAAGAUGCUACCCAAGUAACGCAGAUGGCCGAGUUUGUGGUGAUCGACGGCAGAUUGGCUUACAAUGCCAUCUUUGGGAGACCCAUCAUCCACUCAUUUCGAGCCGUCCCCUCCACGCUGCAUCAAGUCCUGAAGUACUCAACCCCUAAUGGAGUGGGCACGGUCCGAGGUGAGCAAAAGACUUCAAGGGAAUGUUAUGCAUCCACGCUUAAAGGGUCGUCAGUAUGUGUCCUGGAAGAGCAAGCCAAUCAAGACGACCCACCUAGGGAAGGCAAAAGGCAGUUCUCCCCACUAGUAGAGGAGCUCGAGCUUGUUCCCUUACUUAGCCCAGUUCGAGACUUACGAGGUCACUGA